AUGCACUGGGCAGUUUCGAAAUGGCUCCAGGUUUACCUGAAAUGCUACGUUAACGUGAUUCUUUAUUAUCGGAAUGUAUACCCGAAGGAAGCGUUUGACUGGACGUCUUUUCAAGCGUUCAAUUUGCCCCGCCACGUUCCAAUGAAUCGCCACCCGGAGCUUCAGAACUACAUCGAGACCAUGGUGGUAGAUGUCAUAUCAAAACUGCAAGCGGUUCGGCAUUUCAAUCUACGAAUAAUCCAGCAAGACGAUGGAGCAUGUCUGGAAAGAUUUACUUUAGACUUUGGUGAACUGAGGCACGAUGAUGACUGUACAGUACAAGAACCACAAAUUUUUGACGAGCUGCGUUCGAGUCUGAACAGUUUGAUUUCUCGCCUCGAAAAGCUUCCACAAAUCAAACCUAAUACGGUGGCUUUCGAAAUUGUGAUAGAUUCAGCGGGGUUGAGUCUCGGCAGAAAAGUUAAUCGAGUUCAAAACUUGAAAGAGCGUUUAGCACAAGAACAGGAUUCUAAUUGGGUUAAAUGUGCGGAAGAACCUUUUGUUUCGAGCAGCCAGGAACGAAGACCACGCAUCAAGAUGAUCACUUUAAGCGGCUGUGACGUUGGGCCCCUGGUGAUAUAUCAAUUCAUGGAGUUGCUCAUCAACACAGAGGUUAGUUUUCAAAUCUACGAAGCGCCUAGCUCGUACCAAAGCUCUGAGGCGGAGCCAUUCUUUCCAUGA